AUAACGUCACACACGCCCACCAAUCACCUCCUGUGUUUCUCCUGGAGCUUUCAUAAACGGCACCGACACAAAAGUUUCACUCUGCAUCAGUGCACCAACAUUUCAACGUCAUUCCAAGUCCAGUUACUUGUUUCUCAGUGAGUUUCUCCAGGACUGUCCCACCAUGCGUCUCCAGUUCUUCCUCUGCGUAACAGCCCUAUUCGUCUGCCCGGGUCUCAUCCUCGGGUCUCGGAUAGCCAAACGCUUCGCCAUCGGCUGCACGGAGAAAUGUGACAAGUCGCAGUGUGCGCCAAUCCUCGCGGACUGUUUGGCCGGAGAUGUGCUGGACCGCUGCGACUGCUGCCCGGUGUGUGUGUCCGGAGAGGGCGAGCUGUGCGGCGGCGACGGAGACCGGGAGUGCGCCGAGGGGAUGGAGUGUGUGGUGACCGAAGGCGUGGAGGUGUCCUCCACCGUCAGGCGCAGGGGCAAGCCCGGGGUGUGCAUGUGCACCGUGUCCGAUCCGGUGUGCGGCAGUGACGGCGUCUCGUACAGGAACAUCUGCGAGCUGAAGCGCGUCAGCAACCGGGCCAUGAAGCUGCAGCAGCCGCCGGUCAUCUUCAUCCAGAGAGGAACCUGCGGGAAAGGUCAGCAGAAUCCUGACAGUCUUCGUUUCAAGUAUAACUUCAUCGCUGACGUGGUGGAGAAGAUCGCCCCCGCUGUCGUUCACAUUGAACUGUACCGCAAGAUGAUGUUCUCUAAGCGGGAGGUGGCGGUCGCCAGCGGCUCCGGGUUUAUAGUAUCAGAAGACGGACUGAUCGUCACCAACGCCCACGUGGUGGCCAACAAGCACCGAAUCAAGGUGGAGCUGAAGAGCGGAGCCAAGUACGACGCUAAGAUCAAAGAUGUGGACGAGAAGGCUGACAUCGCUCUGAUCCAGAUUGAUGUACCGAUGAAGCUGCCGGUGCUGCAGCUCGGCCGCUCGGCCAGCCUGCGUCCUGGAGAGUUUGUGGUUGCCAUCGGCAGCCCGUUCUCCCUGCAGAACACCGUCACCACCGGCAUCGUCAGCACCACCCAGAGGGGGGGCAAGGAGCUGGGCCUCCUCAACUCCGACAUGGAAUAUAUCCAGACCGACGCCAUCAUCAACUAUGGCAACUCAGGAGGACCACUGGUCAAUCUGGAUGGAGAGGUGAUUGGUGUCAACACUCUGAAGGUCACAGCAGGAAUCUCCUUCGCCAUCCCAUCAGACAAGAUCAGGCAGUUCCUGGCAGAGGCGCACGACAGACAGGCCAAAGGUAAAACAUACCGGAAGAAGAGGUACAUCGGAGUCAGGAUGAUGAGUCUCACCCCAUCGCUGGCUAAGGAGCUGAAGGAGAGGCAGUCAGACUUCCCAGAUGUCACCUCCGGGGCUUACGUCAUCGAGGUCAUCAGCCGGACUCCAGCCGAGACGUGAGUGCUUCGAACAUCUCAUUACCACAUUAUCUGCUGUUCACUUCCCAAUAUGCAGAAGUAACUAAGUACAUUU